CAAGCAUACAGUCUUUGGACAUGUGAUCUUUGGUCAAGAGGUGGUCACCAAGAUAGAGAACUUAGAGACGGAUGAAAAAAGUCGUCCAAAAGUGGAUGUGAAAAUUGCCAACUGUGGAGAAUUAGUUCUUCAAGUAAAAGCCAAAGCUAAAAAGAGAAAGAAACACUCGGAGUCUGAAGCCAAGAGUUCUGGUGAUUCAGAUGAGUCAUCUUCAGAAAUGGAGAAAACGAAAAAGAAAAAGAAGAAACAUAAAAAAGAAUCCAAAAAGAAGAAGCACAAGAAAAGAAAAAAAGAAGAGGAAAGUGCAAAGAACGAGCAGAAGGAAGAAGAAAUCACCACAGUGUUCGCUCAGAUUCGUCCGGAUGAAAUUCCCGACGUCCCUCAGCAGAAGUUCUUAAGCAGGGUCAACAGAGAGGAGGAAAUGGAAAAAGAGAAGUCUCCACCAGGCUAUGGCAACCGGCGGAGAAUUGAUAGGAUUCCCUAUGGAAACAAGCCCAAAUUUACAGCCAGUGGGAGAAAAAUUAAAGGCCGUGGCACAUUGAGAUAUAGAAGUAGGAGUAGAAGUGAGACACCACCUCACUGGAGGCAAGCCGUGGAAACCCGACUACGAUCUAACCAGCAACAACAACAGCAGCAGCAGCCUUACCCAGGGGAGGAUCAAGAGAGAGAAGAGAGGUGGGCGAUGGGGGACAGAAUGACUGACCGGAGGGACAGGCAACCAAUGAGGGAGAGGCACAUACAAGAGAACAAUCAAGAGGCCAGGAGGAGGAGGGAAGACAAACCAGAGAGGAUGGAAGAUGACAAGAAGUCUAGACAGGACAGGUCUGAUAGGAGGAGGGAAAGAAAGGAAUCAGUCAGAGAGGACCGGUCCCCUGAUAGACACCGAGACAGAGACAGUGAUAGAGAGAAAGACAGAGGGACAAAUAGGAGGCCAGACAGGGAGGGUAACAGGAGGAAAGACAGUGUGGAGGAAAGGAGGAAGAAAGAGAGAAGCCCCUCCUCUGAGGGGGAAGUGUCUGAUUCUGAUUCCUCCCCUCCCAGACAGAGGGAAAAGGAGAAGUCGGGCUACAAAAACAGGAACAGAUCUCCAGAUGAUUUCAGAGAGAGAAGGAGGGACUCCGAGCGAGAUGGCAGGCGAGUCGAGGCAAGGCCAGGUCCUCAGAGGUCAGCUGCUCACGACAGACGAAGGAGGUCAAGCUCGGGAGAUUCAGAUAAAAGAUCACGGUCAAAAGAGAGGACACGUAGAAGGUCAAGGUCAGAUUCUAGGAGCAAAGCCAGAACAAGAUAUAGCUCAAGUAGAAGUAAUUCAAGUUCAAGGUCACCAAGUCUAGAGAGAAGGCCUCCACCUGGAAGAUUUAUAAAGAAGAAAUCUGAGAGUCCUCCUCCAACACACUGGAAACCUGGCCAGAAGUCACUGAGUUCAGACUCACGCAAUAGGGAUCAGUCAAAUUCAUCAAGAGUUAAUGGUGGACUGAACAGCUCUAAGUAUAGUCCACCUAGACGAGAAAACCUGGAAGGGCGAAGAGAGAUCCGGGAAAAUGAUUUUAAAAAUGACAGCAGAAGAUCUCCAGACAACCGAGGAUCUGAUCAUCCAAACAGACCCACGGAAGUUUUGCAGCAAAGUAGAAUACAGUACGACUUGGAGAAGAAGGAGGUACCCAUCAAGGCCCACCCAGUCAAGUCAUUAAAUGAUUCCAAACAGAGGCGGUCAAGGUCAUCAUCGUCUAGCAGAUCUAGGUCAAGGUCAGACGAUUCACGAAGUUCUUCAUCGAGUUCAGGUGAAUCUGAUGAUGAUGGUAAUGCUGAAGAACGAAAGAAAGAAAAGAAAGUUGAGGAAAGGUUUAAGUGGCAGCCACCCCCAGAACCUGAAGAAGAGUUUAAGCCCAGACAAAGGGCUUCUCAUGCAGAAACAAAAGAAGAGAGUGUGAGGACAUCAUUAAGGAUCAAAACUCCACCUCUGCCUCCACUGGGACAGGUAGCAGAGGCCACGUCAGAACUAGCCAGAAGAAGCAACAGAUGGGACAUGCAGACAACUGACAGAAAAAGAAACUUGAGUGAGAAUAAGUCCAGUCCUCCCCCAGUGGAUAAAAAGCUGCCUAGUCCACGUAAAUCUAGACGUUCUUCUUCAAGGUCGUCUUCAUCAAGCUCCGGUAGAUCCAGCUCACGUUCUCCAUCACCUACCAGCAAGUUCUUGUAUGGUGAGAGUGAGAGUAAGAUCAGCCAACCUCAGAAAUCAUCAACCAAUCAGCAAUCAGCUGGAUUCAGUAAGGUUUUAACCAGUAUGUUGGAUAUUCCUAUCCCAGCAGUGCCUGAAAAACUGCCAGAAAAACCAAAGGAGGCCAAGUCUACUCUUGAUGAAAGAAUCAAAGAUUUUAAUGUCAAUGUGUCUAAAUCAAAGGUGGAAAUAGCCACACGAAGGACAAGAUCAAAAAGCUCCAAAUCCUCCUCAUCUGACAGAUCUAGCAGGUCAAGGUCACCCAAAUCCUCCAAGACCAAACAGAGGUCACUUGAAAGGAAGGAAUCAUCAAAAUCUCCCUUAAGAUCUAAUAGGAAUUCUCUAAGGUCACCAGGGUUGGGAAAAAGAAGGUCUGGUAGUCCUCAACCAAGAAGAUCAUCAGCAAAUCGGUCCAGAAGUCCAAAAAAACCAACAAUCAGGAGAUCAAUCUCACCAAGGAGAAGGUCAGGUUCACCUAGAAGGUCAAGGUCAUCUAGAGGAAGAUCAAUUUCACCGAGAAGAGGAAGGUCACCUAAAAGGUCAACAUCAAGAAGGUCACCUAGAAGGUCAACAUCAAGAAGACGAUCCAUUUCACCCAGACGAUCCAGAUCCCCACGAAGGUCAUCUUUCAGACGAUCAAUUUCUCCGCGUAGACGAGCCCCUCCCUAUCGAUACAGGUCUCCAAUAAGGAGAAGGCCGUCUCCUCGACGUAGAAGUAGGUCAAGGAGUCGAUCCAGAAGGCGCUCUCCAAUCAGGUCCAGGCAGAGGUCUAGAAGUCGCAGUCGAAGAAGAGGGAGGAGUUCUAGUUCUAGAAGCAGAAGUAGAAGUAGGAGGCGCAGCAGAAGUGGAAGCAGAGGCAGAAAGCGCAGCAGAAGUGGAAGUAGGAGGCGCAGUAGGAGUGGAAGCAGAGGCAGAAAGCGCAGCAGAAGUGGAAGCAGAGGCAGAAAGCGAAGCAGAAGUGGGAGUAGAGGACGGAGCAGAAGUGGAAGCAGAGGCAGGAAGCGCAGCAGAAGUCGAAGUAGGCAGCGUAGCAGAAGUAGAGGACGUAGUGAGAGUCCUAGAGGCAGACGAAGAAGUCGGAGUGGAAGUAGAAGCAGACGACGAAGUAGGAGUAGGUCAUGAAUCAGCUGGAGACCUCAAUUACAAUCUAUCUGCUAUGUGGAUAGCAUUUGAAACUAGUAUUCUUCAAGAAGGUUGACCACUGGCUGAUUUAAAAUACCAGUUAUAUAAAUUUUAUAGAAUGUGGCACAUGGGCCAUUAUGGUAGAAUUCUCUGCCAAUUCUAAUCUUUUAUUUAGGAUUUCAUUAAUUUUGAGUGCUGAUGAUCCAUUCAUUUUACAAAAUAGACAUAAAUUGUACAUAAUUUACAUAGGCAAACCUUUGCCUUUAGUGCAUACCAUUGUCAUUUGGUAGAAUCAUGGUCCUUGUUUUAUUCUGUACCUACAUUUGUCAUUGUGUGAGUGUUCAGGAGUUUAGGUCUUGUUUAUUCUUGUAUUGUUAGGAACUACUGGUUGUAAACCCAGUGACAAUAACAUCCUAGUUUGGUACAUUUUAUUUGUGUAUUCCCCUCUGUUUUGUUCAGUCACAAACAUUCUGUGUCCAAAGACUUUUAAAGUUUCUUGUACAGAAAAACGUGUAAAAUAUUUUUCAAUUCAAGAAUAAUUGAUUUACACUUAAAAUGAUGUCACAUUUUCUUCACUUGUCAUUGCAUAGUCUUUGUGUUCAUUAAUUAGUUUUAGUAAUUCAUUAUGUGAAAUUAUAUAAAUUCAAAUCAAUCAGUCAAUUUGUCAUAAGUAAUUUUAAUAUGUAUAGGGAAAUUUUGAUCUCCAAUAGGUAUCUCAAAAAGAUUCCAUGCACUUAUCUGCAUCGAUGUUUAACUGUAAACAUGUGAAAAAUGGAAAGACAUUUUUGGUUACUCAAAAGAAAAGUAUGCAAACUUUGGUUUUAAAUUAGUUUUACAGUGAUAAAGAAAUUUUUCAAACAUUGAAAGGUUGGGAUAUUGAUACCAAAUAUUUCCUUUACUAAAGAAAUAUUGAACAAUGGACAGAUAUACAUUUUAUACUUUUCAGCUUUUAAGUUUUUAGAAAUUUCUCUGAGACCCAUGGCACAAUUUGUACACAGAUAUGAAUGUUUUUCAAUAAAUUCACUUAUUUCCAAGA